AUGCCACGUCCUCCCGCCACGCUGCAGGAGGAGUUCAUCGCGAACUUCCCUCGUUCCGCGCCCCCGCUGCUCCGCUGGCCGCUCAACACAACCCGCAGCGACACGGGCGGCUUUGCACCAUCAGUGCCGAGAGCCUCGCGGCCCAACUUUGUCCUCUUUCUCCAGGACGACCAGGAUGAGUUUCUCGGCGGCUGGUCGCCGAUGAAGAAGGCGCAGGCGCUGCUGGCCGAUUCUGGCGCGCGUGCUACGAACUGGUUGAUCCACACGCCCGUAUGCUGUCCGAGCCGCGCCGAGCUCCUCACGGGACGGUACUUCCACAAUGUGCGCGAGGCGGUCCACACCGGCGGGUGCAUGCACAUCGACGAGAGGCGCGUCAAUCCUGUGUCCUUCGGCGCGGCACUGGGCUCAGCGGGCUACACGCUCGGCUGGUUCGGAAAACACAUGAAUGUCUGCCCCCACCGCCCGCCGCCGGGCUGGGACUGUCCGACAUGCGUGUGGUUCGCAAACGGCGGGGGACGUGACGCAGAGCCGGGCGGAUAUCUGAACGCCUCCUUCUCGCACUUUGUGGGUGGGAGCGCCGUCGGACCAGAUCGGUACCACCAAACGGCGGGCACCUACGUGGCAGAUACCGCCGGCGAGUUCUCAGGAUACUACACUUCCGUCAUUGCAAACAAGUCGAUCGCCUGGCUUCACUCGGUGGCCAGAGGCACGAGGCCAUUCAUGCUCACGGUGGCAUCCAAGGGGCCGCACGUGCCCUCGACGCCCGCGCCGUGGUAUGCCAGGGGCACCUACAUCGACGGGCUCGCGGCGCCAAGGACAGCCGCCUUCAAUGCGUCCCGGGAGCAGCUCUCACACCACCACUGGCUCAUCGCGCAGCAGGAGCCCAUCACGCAGGAGCAGGGCGCCGUCAUUGACGAGCUGUUUCGCAACCGGUGGAGGACGUUGCUCUCGGUCGACGAUGCGAUUGAGGGCGUGCACGGGGCGCUGCAGCAGCUCGGCGUGCUCGAGUCGACGUACAUUUUCGUCACCUCUGAUCACGGCUUCAACCUGGGCCAGCACCGGCUGCCGACAUGCAAGCUGAAUGUGUACGAUCACGAUCUGCGCAUCCCAAUGGUCAUCCGAGGGCGCGGCCUCAUCGCGCCGGGCAUCCCACAUGGCCUCCGCUUCCCCCAGCCCGCCUCCAACGUGGACCUUGCGCCAACCUUGCUCGGGCUCGCCGGCGUCCCGGCAGAAGCCACCGCUCACAUGGAUGGCCGCUCCAUCGCCCGACUCGUGAUCCCCUCGACUGACGGCCCUGCUCUCCCCGCCAGCGCCGCAGCGCACGUCCGCGCGCUUGCCGGGGCCGAGGCUGCGCCGUGGCGCACUCACCACUUUAUUGAGUACUACAGCCUCGGCUCAGUCGUCCGAACCGAGCACCUCAUCGACGACCCCAAUUCGAACACGUACCGCGCGCUCCGCUUUGUCGGCGACGCCCGCCACGGCGACUUUCUGUACGCCGAGUUCACGGCGCUGGCCGACUGGAACUUUUCUUCGGUGGGCUUUCACGAGGCGUUCGACCUGACGUCCGACCCCCACCAGCUCAACAACGUGUUUAGCUCUCUGAAACGGGACACGAAGGCGGAGCUCGCCGAGAGAGUUCGCCGCGAGUGGCGGUGCAGCGGGCAGAGGGGGAAGCUGGCGUGCGGGUAG